AUGAACUUCGAUUCGGGCACCGCGUAUGCGGAAUCCGACGCCGACGACGAGUACGAGAGGAGCGUCCACACGAGUUCGCCCGUCCUUGUUACCGACUCCGAGAUAUCCCCAACCGACUCGGAGGGCCGCUCCUCGACCGAACACACGCCCACCACCUACAGCUAUCGGAACAGCGCCGACAGACUUCCCGAAACUAUAAUAUCCGAGUGGGACGCCGAAGAAUGUGCCGAUUUCAUUGCUUCCAUCGGCCUGCCGCAAUACUCGGAUCGAUUUAUCGAGAAUGAGAUCGUCGGCGAGGCAUUGGUGGCUCUGCUGCACGACGACCUCAAAGCUAUGGGAGUGGCGAGCGUCGGCCAUCGUCUGACGAUACUGAAGAGCGUCUACGAUGUGAAAAAGGCCCAGGACAUUCCCAUAGAGAGCGACCACUAUGUCCCGCUAUCUGCCGAUGCCGAAGCCCAAUAUGCGACUGCGACCAUCAAAGACAUAAAGCAGCUGGUCGAGCAGCUUCGCCUCCGGGAUGAGAGGAUGAGUUUCCUAGAGCAGGAUCUGCGGCGGAUGACGGAGGACUUCAAGCGAUUGAGGGAGGAUAUGCUGCCGGCCCUGCGCCUCGCAAAGGAUGCUCAGCAACCUCUACCUCACCUUAACAACAACCAGGGGGCCUACGGCUACGAGACGUCGACUGUGUCGCCUCCUGCUCCCACCUCCGCCGCGUCGAACCAAUCUCCAGACGGUCUCAAGCGCCAGUACUCUACCAAGAAGUUUGUCCUGGGUACGAAUCCCAAGAGCACUUCCCCCACUCACUUACAAACCACUCACGAACGGCCCUCGGUAGAACAAACCCUGGACCCCGCGAAUGCUGCCGAACGAGCCGUCCUAUCCUCGUCACAUCUGGCUGCGAUGAACGGCUCCGGCCAGGCCACAUCUCCCGGCUACUCGCCCAAUAUGCCCUCUCCAACCUCACCACCAACUCUAGGCGGCAGUACCCUCGGCUCCCGAUCGUACCGCUCCGACCAGCCGACGCCGUCUAGCCGCACGACCUUCUCCGAGAACGAUCACAGCCAUAGCGCGAAGCAGCCACCCGUGGCUCCGCGGCGGAUACAGAACCCCCCGCUUGAAACGCCCGGCUCUAGCCCAGCCUCGGUGGAGAUAUUCAAGUCUUUCCGAGUCAGCAUGGACGACCCCUGCUAUAAGGUCCUUCCUGCUGCUUUGAAGAAAUACCAAAUCAACGCCCCCUGGGACCAAUAUGCAUUGUACAUUGUAUACGGCGACCAAGAGCGCUGCCUAGGCCUUCAAGAAAAACCGCUGAUCCUUUUCAAGCAAUUGGAUAAGGAAGGGAAGAAGCCAAUGUUCAUGUUACGGAAGACCAAUCCGGCGCCGGCGGACGUCGAUAUCCCUGGGAGCGCCGGCCUGAAUUCCGCAGGUGUCAGGGGCGUGAGCUACGAUCCACCCGGCGGCAUCAUAUGA